AUGUCGUUGGCUGUUGGUGGUGCCACCGUGGUUCAAGAGACGGGGGCUGGUCAGGUUCCCCGCCAGCAUAUGAGCACAACAAGUGAACCAGGCGGAGGUCCAGCGGGGAUCUACUCUGCUAUCCUCAGCCGCAACCAGCCCAUCAUUGGAGUAAAGGAAAAGACCUUUCAUGAGCUCCACAAGAAAUGCCUUGAGAAGAAGAUUCUUUAUGAGGAUCCAGAUUUCCCUGCUAAUGACUCCUCCCUCUUCUUCAGCCAAAAGCUCCCUGUCAAAUUUGAGUGGAAGAGACCACUAGAAAUUUGUGAGAAUCCACGCUUUAUCAUUGGUGGAGCCAACAGGAGUGACAUUUGUCAAGGAGAAUUAGGUGACUGUUGGUUCCUGGCUGCCAUUGCUUGUCUCACCUUGCAUGAGAAAUUGCUUUUCCGGGUCAUACCACGGGAGCAGACCUUCAUAAAAGAUUAUGCUGGAAUCUUUCACUUCCAGUUUUGGCGUUAUGGAAAUUGGGUGGAAGUUAUCAUUGAUGACCGUUUACCAACGUAUGGCAGUCAACUGGUCUUCACAAAAUCCUCCCAGCAAAAUGAAUUUUGGAGUGCCUUACUGGAAAAAGCUUAUGCAAAGCUCCAUGGCUCUUAUGAGGCUCUCAAAGGAGGUAACACCACCGAGGCCAUGGAAGAUUUCACAGGAGGAGUAACAGAGUUCUAUGAGAUAAAGGAUGUUCCUAAAGAUAUCUAUAAAAUCAUGAAACAUGCCUUUGAAAGAGGGUCACUCAUGGCCUGCUCUAUUGAGGACAGUUCAGGGUUUAUUUAUGGCUCUGCUCCUGAAACUAAUCUUGGAUUAUUAAUUGCCCAAAUGUUGAAGAAUAUGAAUGAAUUUCCAAAUGACUCAGUCCAGCAGGCAGAGGAGAUGGCAAAACGGCUUGUCGUUCCAAUGCUGUUUGAGAGACGCAUGACGAAUGGACUGGUGACAGGUCAUGCCUAUUCAGUUACAGCAGUGGAAGAGAUAACAUUUAAAGGGGACAAGCUAAAACUCGUGCGGCUGAGAAAUCCUUGGGGGCAAGUAGAAUGGAAUGGAGCCUGGAGUGACAAUUCAGAUGAAUGGAAUGUUCUUGACAAAGCAGAGAAGACCCGCCUACAACAUAAAGUUGCAGAGGAUGGGGAGUUCUGGAUGUCAUUCCAAGAUUUCCUCAGGUACUUCACAAAGCUGGAGAUGUGUAAUCUCACACCUGAUACCCUGGUGGUUGAUAAGCUUCAAACCUGGACUGUUUCAGUGACCGAAGGGCGGUGGGUGCGAGGCUGCACAGCAGGGGGCUGUCGAAACUAUCCAGACACAUUUUGGACCAAUCCUCAGUACCGCUUGAAACUCCUGGAAGAAGAUGAUGACCCAGAAGAUGACGAAGUUGCGUGCAGUUUCCUAGUUGCGCUGAUGCAGAAGAACAGGAGGAAAGAACGCAAGCUGGGAGCCAAGCUCCUCACUAUUGGCUUUGCCAUCUAUGAGGUGCCAAAAGAGAUGCAAGGUGACAAGAAGCAUUUACAGAAGGACUUUUUCCUCUACAAUGCCUCCAAAGUAAAGUGCAAGAGCUACAUAAACAUGAGAGAGGUCUCUGAACGCUUCCGGUUGCCUCCAAAUGAAUAUGUCAUCAUCCCAUCCACGUAUGAACCUCACCAGGAGGGAGAUUUUAUCCUAAGAGUUUUCUCAGAAAAACCAAGUCAUUCGGAGGAAGUUGAAAACAAGAUUGAAGUAGGACAUCUUUCUCCAAUCAUAUUUGUCUCAGACAGAGCAAACAAGAACAAGGAUCCGAAAGGUGAUGAUGGGCCUAAAAAGGACAAGGGGAAAGCAAGCACAGAUAAGAAAAAGAAAAGUGAUGAGCCUGCACAAAGAGAUUCCAAGGAGAGUGAGGAAGAGAAACAGUUCAGAAAUAUUUUCUGGCAGAUUGCUGGAGAUGACAUGGAGAUCAGUGCUGAUGAACUCCAGAAUGUCCUCAACAAUGUUCUGAAGAAACACCAGGACCUGAAGACAAAAGGGUUUGCGCUGGAGUCCUGCCGCAGCAUGAUUGCUUUAAUGGACACAGAUGGUUCUGGGAAGAUAAACCUUGAUGAGUUUCGACACCUUUGGAAUAAGAUUAAGAGCUGGCAGACAAUUUUCAGACAUUAUGAUGCUGAUCAAUCAGGAACUAUUAACAGCUACGAGAUGCGUAAUGCAGUUAAAGAUGCAGGGUUUCACCUGAAUAACCAGUUGUAUGACAUCAUUACAAUGCGAUAUGCUGACAGAAAUAUGAACAUUCAGUUUGACAGCUUCAUUUGUUGUUUCGUGCGACUAGAGGGGAUGUUCCGUGCAUUUCAUGCCUUUGAUAAAGAUGGCGAUGGUAUUAUUAAACUGAAUGUCUUAGAGUGGCUGCAGCUAACCAUGUAUGCCUAAAAAACAUCACUUCUGUUUCUGUCUUCUGUCUCAAAAUUGUACCUUGUCUUUUGAACUGAAAGAAGCCGGUCGAUAUUCACUUGCAAGACAGGGACUUCUGUGAAUCUCCAUCCUUUAACAGCUUAGAUGACGAGGGCAGCACAACUCGAGAGGAACAUAAAGAAUCAGCAUCUAUCUCCCUUUACCAAGUGACAGUAAAUUGAAAAUGUACUUUUCCAGUUAUUGAUAACUGACACCAGGAUGAAGGCAUAUUUUGCAUGAGAAAGUUGCAGUCAUCACUUUGGUGGGAACUGCAUUGUUCUAGGGCAUGCCGGCAAUCCUUUACAACAGGGCCAGUGAACCUCAGGCCUGCAAACCUGAAUCUGGGCCUCUGGGCUUCUUUAUCUAAGCCUUGGGGCUCCUCACCUCCAACAACAUGCCUCAGCAGCCCCGCUCCAUGCUCUGUGCUCAAGUGCUUUUGCCUGGCUGGAAUAUGCCAGUGAAAUGUGAUAAUGCUGCUUGCUUGCCUGGAUGAAGCAUGGAGAAAUGCAUCUUGAGGAUGUGCAUUGAAACCUCUGGCUCGCGUUCUUGA